AUGAGCGGUGUUACAGAGCCAGCUACAAUAACCAGACCUAUGUCAUCCUCAAAAAGGCAUAAAAGUGUGAGGAAGAACUCCAGGAGGAUAUAUUCUCCUUACCAGGACAAUCCAGGUGCAUCAGAUGAAGAGGAUAAGGAUGGAGACAGUAAUGACCCAGAGGAAAUGUUCCAGAAUAUUCAGUUUCAGAAAGAGAUCAUUGCCAACAUUCGUACUCGACCGUGGCCCAUGAGACGCAAGCUCAAAAAUCUAAAGCAAGCCAGAGAAAUAGUUUUGAAGUAUGAAGGCAGACUUACCAGGACUCGAGGAUACCAGGCUGCAGGAGCUGAUCUACUGAAGAAGCUCUCUCGACUGCUAUACAACAUAGUCGUGCUGUUCAUCCCAUGGGAAAUGAGGAUAAAAAAGAUUGAAAGUCAUUUUGGGUCAGGAGUGGCCUCUUACUUCAUAUUCUUGCGAUGGCUGUUUGGAAUCAACAUUGUCCUCACCAUCAUGACCGGAGCCUUCAUCGUCCUGCCUGAGCUGUUGGCCGGUGCACCAUUUGGCACCACCCGCAGCAAGACCAUUCCCAAGGAGCAUCUCGCCUCCGCCCAAGAUCUGGACACCAUCUGGUCGCUAGGGGGCUAUCUCCAGUACUCAGUGCUUUUUUAUGGCUACUACGGUAAUGUACGGAAAAUUGGCAGUGCUGGCUACCGACUGCCCCUGGCCUACUUUCUGGUUGGGAUGGCUGUUUUCGCCUACAGUUUCAUCACUCUGUUAAGAAAAAUGGCGAAGAAUUCCCGUCUGAGUUUGGCCAGUGCCUCGGAUGAGAAUUAUACUUUCUGCUGGCGUGUGUUCUGUGCCUGGGACUAUCUGAUUGGCAACCCAGAGGCUGCUGAGAGCAAAGCGGCAGCCAUUGUCAAUAGCAUCAGGGAAGCCAUUGUGGAAGAACAAGAAAAGAAGAAAGACACAAGUUUAGCAGUUCUGAUCAGUCUACGAAUACUGGCAAACAUCCUGGUCCUACUGUCCCUGGCUGGCAGCAUAUAUAUCAUCUAUUUUGUGGUGGAUCGUUCUCAGAAACUGGAGCAGGAGAAACCUGAAUUAACGCUAUGGGAGAAGAAUGAGGUCAGUGUGGUUGUCUCUCUUAUCACCAUGAUUGCUCCCUCUGCCUUUGAGCUAGUGGCCCAGUUGGAGAUGUACCAUCCCAGAACCAGCCUCCGCUUUCAGCUUGCCAGGGUUCUAGUGUUGUACCUUGGAAAUCUGUACAGCCUAAUCAUCGCACUGUUGGACAAGGUGAACAGUAUGAGUUCUGCCGUAAGUCCAGGGAACUGGUCUGAUUCCACUGCUUUCCUAGCCACCAUAUCCCAGCCAUCUGAAGGAAACCUGUCCACUAUAGUACCAGAUCUCUCAGAGCGAAGGAACAGCACAGUGGACAUGAUGAUAGUGGAGCUUAAUAUCACGAAAACCAACAUUGUCUCCCCCAAAGCCCCUGCCCAGACCGUGCCUAACCAGACCGCUCUGUUUGAGUACAACACUCGCUCUCAGCAGGACCAGUGCUGGGAGACGUAUGUCGGUCAGGAAAUGCUAAAGCUCUCCAUCAUUGACAUGAUCUUCACAGUAGCAAGUAUCCUGUUGAUUGAUUUCAUUCGGGGUCUGGUGGUGAGAUACCUGAGUGACUGCUGCUGCUGGGAUCUGGAGAGUAAAUUUCCAGAAUAUGGAGAAUUUAAAAUAGCAGAAAACGUUCUCCAUUUAAUAUACAACCAAGGAAUGAUAUGGAUGGGAGCAUUUUUCUCGCCCUGUCUGCCUGCCUUCAAUGUGCUCAAACUCAUUGGACUCAUGUACUUGCGUAGCUGGGCUGUGUUGACCUGUAAUGUCCCCCAUCAGCAGGUCUUCAGGGCCUCGAGAUCAAAUAAUUUCUACCUGGCGAUGCUUCUUUUCAUGCUGUUUCUCUGUAUGCUUCCAACCAUCUUUGCAAUCGUGAGAUACAGGCCAUCACAACACUGCGGGCCUUUUAGUGGUCAAGAGAAGAUUUAUGACAUCAUCUCUGAGACUAUAGCCAAUGAUUUCCCCCUGUGGUUCAGUAAAGUCAUGAGUUACGUCACAAGUCCAGUGGUGGUGCUGCCUGCACUGCUUCUAUUGUUUAUGUUGAUCUAUUACCUUCAGGCCAUUGCCAGAUCGCUCAAAUUCACCAACAACCAGCUGAGAAUGCAACUUCAAACAGAACGCACAGAAGACAAGAAGAAAGUUUUUCAGCUGGCUGCAGCUCGUCUCCAAGCUCCUGAGGGAGGUGAUAAAAAAGUAGAGCAGGAGAGCGACAUCACCAGCAUGGAGUCCUCUGCUCGUUCCUCCUCUCCACGCCGGAAUGGCAGUGUUGCCAACUUUGAGUCACCUGUUCGUCAUGGCAACAGUAUCCGCACCAUCACUCAAUCCGCAUCACGUGCUGACAUCAGCAGGGCAACAGCGGCUGUGCGUAGCCCCUCGGCUCCUGUCCGUCACAAACACAGAGUGGAACAUAUUCCCAACAGUGCUUACAGAGUUUUCGGCAGUCCAUCAGUUCCUGUCCGGCAGGUACACAGAGUGGAAUACAUACCCAACAGACAUCCAGGAUAUUUUGGUGGUACUAGUGGAUCCUGUCGCUCGAAAUCCUACCACCAUGUGGCCUACAACCCUUCGAUGCGUUACUCUGAGAACAUCCACUCUGACCCUCUGUUCAGGAAGAGCAUGAGACCCAUGCACCCAGAGGCUGCUGGGAUAGUCACAGCCCAGAGCUACAUGGGCCGACGUGCCCACACCACCCGCUAUGUCAUUGUCAAUGAGCACGAGCCACGCAAGAAGGUAAUGCGCUCCACUGCCAGAAUUCCCAGACACUACCGUAUAGCCGAUGAACCAGAUGAGAUUGUGGAGCUCUACCCUCGAAACAUAAAGAGGUACACUCUGCGUACCCCACACCGGACCCACCAACCUCAUCUCAGCGAGGAAGAGGAAGAAGAGGAACCCAAGAGUAUGAGGAAAGGGUCGUUUGGUCAGGCGCACCGUCCGAGAUCCCUGUCCGACCUCCAUCAGCCAGCAAGAUUCUACAUUGGCGACACGGUGGACAGUCAGCUUUCCAUGGCUAAAGACCUGGCUCAGGGUCUGUAUGGGUCCCAGGAACCAGAGGAGGAGGACUGUGAUAUGGACUGGGAGGACACGCAGUCUCGUUCAAAAUCUCACGCUAAUGUUAAAGGUGCAGAGCCCACACACAGGCACGGUGAAGCACAUGUCAAACCCAAAACCAGACAUAAGACAGAGCCACCAGUGACUGAAUCAGAUUCUGCUUCUUUGGCAUCAAGCAGUGACCAACAGAACAGCAGCACAGACCAGUACAUCCAGGUUAUCCACAACAAAGAAAAGUACCUCAAGCCCGGCACCAAACUAACCAAAAAGAAAUCCAAAGCUGGCAUUGAUCUCAAUGUAUCUGGAUCUAAUGAGCUUGUUUGCUCAAAUGUUUAA